CCGGCCUCCGCAGGCCAGGUGGUGCGGGGCUAGGUGCAGGGUGGAAAGGGGGUACGAUGGGCCCGCCCUCAGGGAGCUGGCUCACUGGGCUGCAGGACCUGAUUCCGCCCACGGGGGCUGCCGCCGUCGGUGGUGGACAGAGUGCCACCAAGGAGUGCAGGGCCGAUGGGGUGGAGGCCGUGUGUGUGUGUGUGUGCGCGCGUGUGUGUGUGCGCGCGCGCGGUUUCGAAUUACAAAAACAACCUGGGUUGUGGCAAAGCUCAGGGGGUAUGGAGGUGUACACAUCCUGUCCUCGGGCCAGCCCCAGGCAUAUGGCUGUGUGUUGGGAAAGAGUCUGAGACUGGGGGACUGACGGCUGGGCUCCGGGUCCUCCCAUGCCCUGCCUCCCCCCAGGAGGUCUUGGAAGGUCCUCGGUUCCCGUGCAAGAGCAAGAGGCCGAGGGGACCCGCCAGUGGAGCGCAAGGACCAGACACUCCCGCAAUGACCAGUUCUCCUGUCUCCAGAGUCGUCUACAACGGCAAGAGGAACAGUAGCCCUCGCUCUCCCCCCAGCAGCAGUGAGAUCUUCACCCCGGCCCAUGAGGAGAAUGUGCGCUUCAUUUACGAGGCCUGGCAGGGCGUGGAGCGAGAUCUGCGGAGCCAGAUGUCAGGCAGCGAGCGGGGCCUGGUGGAGGAGUACGUGGAGAAGGUCCCUAACCCCAGUCUGAAGACCUUCAAGCCCAUCGACCUGAGUGACCUGAAGCGCCGGAACACGCCGGACGCCAAGAAGUCCUGAAGCGUGCGGUGUCCCUCCCCUGGCCUCUGGGAGACCCGGGCGCCGCCUGAUGUUGGUCUCCUGCGGGUUCGGUCCUGGGGGGGGGGGGGUGGAGGGAGGGAGGGGCUGUAAACCCCAGGACCAGGAGGGGCAUGAUUGAUGGCCAAUGCCUGCCCUUCCUCCCCGAGCCCCCUCCUUUCUUUUCAGGGGGUCUCAAGCUGCCCUGUCACUGGGGGUAGGGGGGUUUGGGCCCUACCAGCCCCUGCUCCCCCCGGAGUUGCAUCUCUGGAGCGCCUGCUCUGCCUGCCCUCACCCCAGGGCCUUGACUGACUCCUCUCCACUUCCCACCACCUUCCAUUGCCCCCACCCCCUGACUGCCCCCCCAGCCACUUCCAAGGUCAGGAGGGAAACAAGGGGGCCUCUGCUGUCUCCCAGGCUGGUGGGAUUGGGCUUGUCCGUGAGGUGGCCAGGAGGCAGGAGGCAGGCGGCCCCUCCCAUACCUGUUGUGUAUCCCCCACCAAGCCCCGCUGCUUUUCUGGGCUGGACACCUUGGGGAGCGUCUAAUUUUUCACCCCGCUGUCCAGCCUGGCCCCUUCCUCCCCUGCAUCAGCUUCGGGAUGGCACUAGCUCUCCAGGCCUGGGAUGCCACCGAGCACUCCCUCAUAAAGGGUCUUGGGCAGCCAGGCCUAGCCCCUUGCUGUCUGCGGCCCUGUGGCCACAGCAGUCCCCUCGGGCAGGGGCAUGAGGUCGACCCUGGCCCUGUACCAUGUGCUGGGACGGUCACCAGGGUCCCCUUUUCUUCCUGUGUCCUCUAAAAGCCAAGUGUCUGUGACUGGAGCCCAAGGACCAGUGAAUAAAGGCAGGUGGCGUUGGAUCGGC